AUGAGUCUCUUCCAGAAGGGACUCAGCGCUCAGGUCUCGGCGUUCGCGAUCCGCUCACGAACAGUAGCUCCCGGUGUGCGAUCUCCGUUGCGACGGGUGCGUCAGCCGCUACGACACAAGUCCUCGAAUGCCUCAGCGCCAGGAGCGCCUGUCGAGGGUCAAACUCCAGGAAAUGGUUCCGCAGUGAAUGGAGGCUUACCUCCAAAGCCGUCCCAGUCAAAUCCAUCGUCUACAACCUUGUCGCCGAGUUCGGCACCAACCCCUUCCACGUCUAACUCGGCGAACCCUGCAGCCACAGCCGCCGGCGCGGCGACCACCCCGGCUGCGAACACAGUGGUGCGAUCUCGAGGGUUACGGGAGAUCAUUAAAGCUGGUCCAUUGGGCCGGGUUGGGCGAUGGUACUCGCGGGUACAGGAGCGCAAGCCGUAUGCGACACAGUUCUGGAGUUCGAUUGUCAUCUAUCUGUGCGGAGAUCUGAGUGCCCAGCUACUAUUCCCUUCGGAGGUGCCUCAGUCUACACAGAAUCAAAAUGAAGAUGGAAAGGAAGAAGCGAUCCAGACUGUGGGAUAUGACCCCUGGAGAACGGCGCGGCACUUGGUCGUGGGAGCAGGAUCGAGCAUUCCUUCAUAUAACUGGUUUAUGUUCCUCCAUAACAACUUCAACUUCUCAUCCAAGAUCCUCUCCGUUCUGACCAAGGUCGUGGUCCAGCAAAUCUGCUUUACCCCUGUCUUCAGCACCUACUUCUUCGGUGUGCACUCUCUUUUGGGAGGUGCAACGCUACAAGAGACCUUCGAGCGGCUCAAGAAGGCUCUUCCCGUCAGUAUCACCAACAGUGUCAUGCUUUGGCCUGCGGUCACAGCCUUCAGCUUCAUGUACGUGCCUCCACAGUUCCGAAACGUCUUUUCAGGCGUUAUCGCUGUUGGCUGGCAAACCUACUUGAGCUGGCUGAACCAGAAGGCAGCGAGGGAGGUUCUCGCCGAAGAGCUUGCUGCGAAAAAACUCAUCUCUAGCGCACCGCAUGAGAUGGCUGGAAAGUUGAUUACUACAGCAGGAACUGCAUAA